UUGCAUUGCGGUAAAGAAUGAACAGAACAAAAUAAAGGGUAGAGAGAGAGAGAGAGAGAGGAGGAGGAGAAGGGGGAGGCGGAAGAGGCCGAGAGAGCGAUCGCUCGAUCGAUCCACCGAGAUCCAAGAGCUUGUCGGAAAGCCGAUCUUCUCAGCUUCUCCGCUUGCUGUUUAGGGGGGCUGGAUCGAAGCCGAUCAUCCGAUGGAUAUGGUUGGUGCCUGCGACUGAUCCCGAAUGCUGGAGGCCCGAAUCGCUCGGUGAAUCGUGCUGAUCGCCGAUCGGAGGUGUAGGGGGCGGUGAUCGAUUCGGUGAUUUGAGGAGACGUUGCGAUUCUGGACGGAUUUGGUUGGUGUGUUGCGGGAGAGUUUGGGUUUCUGGUAGAGUUUUUGGUUCCGAUGAUGCCCGAUACCCGGCACAAUGCUGUUUCCAGUUCCUCCAAUGCGUUGCCCCACAAACUUGAAGAAGCUAUGUGGCAGUUAAAGAUUGAGGACGGCCGAGAGGCAGCUGACGGGCAGCUGAACCCAUAUCCUGAUCGGCCCGGCGAACCAGACUGCCUUCACUAUUUGAGGACCGGUAAAUGUGGUUUUGGAAGCAAGUGCAAAUAUAAUCAUCCUGCGCUAGGUGUGCAGAACACUCAGUUUAGUGGGGAACUCCCACAAAGAGAUGGCCAACCUGAUUGCCAGUUUUUCCUGAAAACAGGAAGUUGCAAAUAUGGAAUAACAUGUAAAUAUCAUCAUCCACGCGACAAACAUGAGAUACAUAUGGUUCAGCUGAAUGUUCUUGGUCUACCUAUCCGAAAGGAUGAAAAGCCAUGUGCCUACUACAUGAAAACAGGGUCAUGUAAAUACGGAGUCGCCUGCAAGUUCAAUCAUCCCCAGCCUGCCUCCCGUGGAUCUUCAUUCCCUGUCACAGGAUCCUCAGUCUAUGAUUAUUCAGGUUAUAUGGCACCUACAUCAGGGCCACAUGUAAGUGGUGGGAUUUCUCAAUGGCAUUUAUCAAGAAUUCCUUAUAUGUCUAAUCCAACUACGCAAGGUCUCCCAGCUUAUGUACCUCUUGUUCUCCCACCCUCCCAAGGGACUAUACCUGUGCCACAGGGUUGGAUCUCAUACAUGGGCAGCACAAACCAUAUCUCUUCUACCGAUAUGCCUGCGCCAGGUCUGACAGCCAAGCAUCAGGAACAACCAGGUCCAGGUGUGCCACUAAGUUUGCCCGAGAGGCCUGACCAACCAGAAUGCCAGUUUUACAUGAAAACUGGGAACUGCAAGUAUGGAAGCUCUUGCAAGUACCAUCACCCAAAAGAGAGGAACCAACCAGCCAUGGCCACCAUAGGACCCCUAGGGCUUCCUCUAAGACCAGGUCAGCCUGUAUGCACCUUCUAUGCUGCAUAUGGAAGCUGCAAUUAUGGCACAGCUUGCAAAUUCGAUCAUCCAUUGGUGGGAUACUACGGUUAUAGUCUGCCUCCAUUCACUUAUCCGGGUCAGCCUGCACUCUUUCCCAACCAACGGAGUUUACAAGUUAUAUGGACAUCAGCUGGGAAUUCAUCUUCCAAGUCAUCAAAUUUGCCUGAUCAGCUGGCAAUUUCUGAGAAAGGUGGUGCACAGCAGAAUCCUCAAACUCAUGAGCAUGGAAACCCUACCAAGAAUACAUUGAAUAAUGAAUCCCUUUCAGAGUCUCCAUGAGAUAAAAGUCUAUAUUCACUAACCCUCUUUUUGAUCCAUUCCUGACCAUCCUUUCAAAGAUGAAGAUUUUGCAUCUCUGCCUCCUAUAUCACCUUUUUUUCUUUUGCCUGCCUGCUCGACUAAAGAUCUUUAUGGUAGGUGAUGAUGGGAGCUGUGGUCUUUUGUGAUGAAUGAAUAGCAGGUGAUGUAAGUUACAAUUUUUGUUCCACAGAUUUAAAACCAAACUUGUUGAAGGAUGAGAACAAUUUUGUGUUUCCAUUUUCCACUAUGUAAAGCUGGUUUAUCAGAAUAAUGAUGCUGAACUGGACUCCACUGUUUUUAUA